AUGGUUAAGAAUUGUUUUGUUUCGUUGAUAUUUACAUUUUUCACUAUUUUGUUGAUUUGAGAAAUGUGUGUUGUGAAUCAUAAAAUGACCGAAAACGAGGAUAAUUCAUCUGUAAUUAGACUGUUAGCUGAACAAGCCGAACAGAGGUUAAUUCCCGAGAAAUCUAAAGAAGCGUAUGUCAAGGAAUACGAAAAAUUUUCCAAGUGGAUGAUCACGACAAACCAGACGGUGAUAGAUGAAACAUUAAUGCUUGCAUAUAUGAAUCAAAUGUCAAGCCAUUACAAGUCAUCAUCAAUGUGGUGCAUCCACUCCAAACUGCAAACGAUGCUGCGAAUCAAACACGGGGUGGACAUUGCUUCUUUUCAUAAACUACAUGCGUUUAUGAAAAGCACCAACAAAGGACAUGAGGCUAAAAAGUCUUGGGUGUUUACAGAAGAGGAACUACGCAAAUUUUUCGUUACAGCACCUGACGAUACCUUUUUAUUUUUGAAGGUUGUAGCUAUUUGUGGGAUUUUUGGCUCGUGCAGGAGGCAAGAAAUGUGUGACCUACGCUUGUCGGAUAUUAAAGAAAAAGGGUCUAUUUUGCUAAUUACUAUUCGACCAUGUAAGACUGAAAAAGGUAGAAAUUUUGCUGUAAUUGAUGAUUCUGAGAUACCAUACCUUCAAAUUUUAAAAAAAUAUCUUUCACUGCGGCCAGAUCAGGUGUCCACGGAUAGAAUGUUCUUAAAAUACAGCAAAGGCAAAUGUAUCAGGCUGGUUGUCGGAAUGAAUACUUUUGGUCAAUGUCCGUCUCUUGUUGCGACCUAUCUAAAGCUUCCAGAUGCUAAAAAAUACACAGGCCACGCGUUUCGACGGACUUCUGCAACAAUCAUGGCAAAUAUUGGAAUGAGCGUGGAUGAACUUAAACGACAAGUUGGGUAGAAGUCUUCAACGGUGGCAAAUUCGUAUGUUGAAGAGUCUACCACGAAUAAACUUUGUGUGUCAAGGCGCAUUAUUGGGGCAGUAAGUGGAAGUAAUACUAUUACAUCUGUGGCUCCAAAAAGGAAUGUAUGUGAAACAGCGCAAUGGGGGGGGUCUUCUACUAGUUUAAAUAAUAACGAUGUAAUUAAACGUUCCGGGUUACAAUUUUCAAACAACAGUAAUUGUACGA